UAGCGACUUGAAGAGCGAAGCCGGCCGGAAGAGCAACAUGGAGCCGGUCGUGAAGGUGUACGGGCCAGCCAUGUCUUGGAACAUAGCCAGGGUCCUUGUGAGCCUGGAAGAGUCCGGCGUCAAGUACGAGCUCGUCGCCGUCGACUUCGCCGCGGCCGAGCACAAGAGCCCCGCCCACCUUGCUAGGAACCCAUUCGGUCAGGUCCCAGUUUUGAAGGACGGUGACUUUUGCCUCUGGGAGUCACGCGCAAUCACGAAAUAUAUAUGCCGAAAGUACAAACCUGAGCUCCUUGGGGUUGGCAAUCUCGAGGGAUCAGCAAUGGUCGAUGUGUGGCUGGAGGUGGAGGCCCACCACUACCGUCCUCUCAUAGAGGCUGUUCUUAUGGAGAUCAGGAUCCGGCCGAUUUUCGGGCAAAGGGUUGAUGAGAGGGCCGUUGAGGAGAACAUUGACAAGCUGAAGAAGGUGUUGGAUGUGUAUGAGUCCAGAUUGUCGAGCUCCAAGUACCUAGCUGGAGAUUUCAUCAGCCUCGCCGACCUCAACCACGUCUCCACCAUGCUUUGCCUAGGGAUCACUAUAUACACAUCGGUGCUCGACAUGUACCCGCAUGUAAGGGCCUGGUGGGAUGACCUGAAGGGCAGGCCAGCGGCGAGGAAGGUGUCGGAUCUAAUGCACAUGUCCGUGAAGAAUGAUCUAAAAUGAUUAUGUUGGCAACUCUUUCAUUAAUGUGUUUGUACUUUUUCGGUAUUUGGUCAAGGUGUUUGUGUUGAACUAGUAAAUAUUCAUGUUAUUCGAGAAAAUAUGACACACAGUGGGAAAUCAAGUCGAAAUACGAAAAAAAAAUGUAGCAGAGUUGCCACAUUUCAAGUGAUUCCUGUAGUCGGUCGUGGUGAAAUAAAAUUGAAGCCUUAAUGCAA